AUGUCUCAGUACGAGCCGUGGUAUUUGCGGAAAUCAUGUCCCGUAUUCUGUGACCCUUGUAUUCCAGUCUAUACAGGUGUAUGGCCAGCAAGGCGAUGUGUUGUAAUAACAGGUGCUAUCCUAUUCGCGAUUGGUGUUAUGAUACUUCUCGGCCUCCUAUUAACCUGCAUCGCUGUUGAAUGUGCUGCUAUUGCAAGUGCCCUCCUGCCGUUUGCAUUUAUUCUUAUUAUCGUCGGUAUUCUGCUGUUCCAUUGCGGCUGGGCAGCACAUUUGCUCGAUGAUGGCGAAGAAAUUCCGUAUGUUGCUUUGAAAAUUAUACUGGUCCCUUCAAGCUAUGGAUCAUGUUUCAGUAAAGUCACCGUUCGCAGUGAUGACGAUGUACAUCCAAAUCCAGACGAGAUCGCCUUGUUCGAAACAGCUUAUAGGGAACCAAUGCCUCAGGUAAGGCAUGGAUAUUGGCAAUUCGAAGAGAAUCAAGCAUGGCAAACUGUCUCCAAUCCAUACCCAAUUCAGUAA